UGCCACUGCCACUACAACCCAUCGCGCGACGCGCGGACGCAGGCAUGCGGCGAAAACUCGGACUGCAUCAACCGGCUUGUACAGAUGGAGUGCAACCCAUUGACAUGUCCAUGCGGCAGCUACUGCCUGAACCGACGGUUCCAGAAAAGACAGUACGCAGAGGUGCGGCUGAUUGACGCCGGCCGCAAGGGCUUUGGGAUGCAGGCGCUGACGGAUCUGGAGAGCGGCCAGUUUGUGAUGGAGUACAUGGGCGAAAUUGUGUCCACUGCACAGUUCCGGAAGCGCGCUCGCGUGUACCAGCAGGAAGGCAUUCGGCACCAGUAUUUCAUGAGUAUCGGGAACAACAAGAUCAUCGAUGCGACGCGCAAGGGCUCGAUUGCGCGGUUCAUCAACCAUAGCUGCGGCCCAAACUGCGUGCUGCAGAAGUGGAUGGUUGCUGGUGCUAUUCGCAUGGGCAUUUUUGCCGAGCGGCCGAUCAAGCGCGGCGAGGAGAUCACGUUCGACUACAAGUUUGAGCGUAUGGCUGGUGCAGAGCCGCAGCCCUGCUACUGCGGGGCGCCUGAAUGCAAAGGAAUUAUUGGUGUGGCCAAGGAA